AAGAUAUGUUUCCAGCUUUUAAGAAAAGUAGGGCUUUUAUCCUGGUACUAUUGAUGAUAAUCAUAGUGAAUGUUUCCUUUACGACCCUAUUAUAUUUCCAUGAACCAUCUAAAAUCAGAUUGAAUAAAGUAUAUAAAGAAUAUUAUAAAGGUUAUAAAAGUGUUGAUGAUUUCAACAUUCAUAGAGUUUGGAAUAAUGAUGAUAUUAGAUACAAAUUAUCAAAAGCCUUCCCUUAUGAAAAAACCACUGAAAAACCACCUAGAAACAUUUGGCAAAUGUGGAAGAAUAAUGAUAUAGGAAAUUUAGAUCAAGGUUUACAAGAUUUAAUCAAGACUUGGACAACUCAACAAGAUGAAACAAAAGGCUCUUUUAAAUAUGAAUUAAUUGGCGAUGAUCAACUAAGUGUUAUUGUUAAUUCAACAUUUGUUGAUGUUCCUGAAGUUCAAAAAGCUUUCCAUAUCUUGCCUAAAAUCAUUUUGAAAUCUGAUUUCAUGAGAUAUUUAUUAGUAUUUGCAUUUGGAGGAAUUUAUUCAGAUAUUGAUACUUCAUUAAAUAAAGAUAUUUUGGAUUGGUUUAUUUAUAAAGAUCAAAUUUAUGACGUUGAUAAUAAAGUUGGAUUGACAAUAGGUAUUGAAAGUGAUCGUGAUGAAAAAAGUUGGGCAAGAAAUGGUAUGGCUCGUCGUUUACAAUUUUGUCAAUGGACUAUUCAAUCUAAAGUUGGACAUCCAUUCUAUAGACAGUUGAUUUAUAGAAUUUCAGAUUUAGCAUUAAAUCAUUUCAACCCAGAAACAAAUAUCCUAACUAAGAAUGGUCAAGAAUAUGAUAUGAAUUCAGGUUCUCCAACUAAGUUUGCAGGUAUUAUGGAAUGGACAGGUCCUGGGAUGUUUACAGAUGUGUUAUUUGAAUAUUUAAAUGAUGUUUAUAAGAAAAGUGAAAGUUUAACACCAGGUUUAGAUUUUGCUAAAGAAAGAAUGAUUAAUCCAAAUUGGGAAUUGGAUCUACAAUCAAAGAUUAAAUACCCAGUUUUGAAAGGAAGUUGGCAUAAUGAAUACGAUCCAAUUGAAAGACCAAUUGGAUGGCAGAAUAUUACAAAACAAGUGCACCCUAUUCUAUUUGAUGAAGAUGUGUUGUUGCUACCUAUUAUCUAUUUCAAUGGUAAAAAAGGUGAGCCUGAUGAUUAUACUCAGCAUCAUUUCAAAGGUAGUUGGAAGAGUUGAAAAUUCAAUUAAUUAAUGAACCAUUUUCUUUUGUUUAAGUACUGUAAAAUUGCGUCAAGACCACUUGCUUCCCGAUUAGGAAGUCUAGGCUC